GACGUUUUGUACUCGUUGAUGAACUGUGGAGAAGUGCACGAGUGUAACUGCAACGAAAGUUGAAACUGAACGUUUUUUAAAGAAAAUAAGAGGUUUUAUUUCGUAACUCGUCUUGGUGGUCUUCGCAAAUGAUAAAAAUUCAAUAAUUUAGAUACGUUAUUAGAUUAUCUUGAGUUUAGUUUUAAAUUUAGGUCAGUUGUAUAUUUAUUGUAUAUUUUUAGAAGUGCAACAAGAAAUAAGUUAACAGAGGCGGGCGAAGCUAGAAGAAAUUAUAACUAAAGAGAAACCAUGGCGGAAGCUCAUCAAGCCGUUGCUUUUUCUUUUGCCAUCACCCACGAGGGAUGGGAUGUUAAUUUUGAUAGAGAGGUACUCAAUCUUGUCUUCCAAUCAGGAAUUAGAUCAUGGAAGAAGAGAGUUGCUCGAUUUAUGAAUAGCAUUCACAAUGGAGUAUAUCCAGCUCAUUUAUGGACGCUAUGGUUAACCAUGUCAGUGGUGGUCGCAAUCCACUUUUCAGGUUUUAAAGUGCCUUAUGAUUUAGUGGCCAAAAUAAUGCCUUUUCUUCCUGGGUAUGAAUCAAUUUCCCAAUUAUAUUUAAUUAAUAAUUUGGUAAAUUUUUUUAGAACCAGUACAAAGUGGCAAAUAAUAGGUAGCGCAAUUGUAGCGGGAUUAAUGUGGUUAACCGUUAUUUACACCGUUAGAUAUACUCUGAAAUUACUUCUCAUGUACAAGGGAUGGAUGUACGAAGCCCGGGGGAAAGGCUCAAAAAUGAGCAACAAAUCCAAAUUGUGGUUAUUAGCCGUUCAUUUAUUGAGCGGAAAGAACCCUAAACUUUACAGUCUGCAAGGAUCACUGCCCAAGUUACCUUUACCUUCCGUUCAUGAUACAAUGCAAAGAUAUUUAAGAUCAGCUCGUCCAUUAUUAGACGAUGAAAACUACGAAAAAAUGGUUAAAUUAGCCGCAGAAUUUGAAUCUGGUAUAGCAGUAAAACUCCAACGUUAUCUCAUAUUAAAAUCUUGGUUCUCUAGUAACUACGUAUCCGAUUGGUGGGAAGAAUACGUUUAUUUACGUAGUAGAUCGCCUUUAAUGAUCAGUUCGAAUUUUUACGGUGUCGAUGCGAUUAAAUUACAGCCGACAACGAAACCGGCGGCGCGUGCCGCAUCUACAAUUCACUCGUGCCUUAUUUAUCGACGCCUAGUUGAACGACAAGAACUUGAACCAAUUCUAAUCCACAAAUGCGUCCCACUUUGUUCGUGGCAAUACGAAAGGAUUUUUAAUACAACCAGAAUUCCGGGAAUCGAAAGCGAUAAAAUUCAACAUUGGUCCGAUUCAAAUCAUAUCGUUGUUUAUCAUAAAGGAAGAUAUUUUAAAGUUAUUAUUUAUAAAGGACGAAUUUUAAAACCAAGAGAAAUUCAAACACAAAUUCAACAAGUUCUUGAUGAUACCUCCCUCCCACAAAAAGGCGAAGAAAAAUUGGCUGCUUUAACAGCGGGGGAGAGGACACAUUGGGCGCAAGUUAGACGUAGUUUAUUUAAUAAAGGUGUCAACAAGAUAUCUUUGGAUCUUAUUGAGAAAGCUGCUUUUGUGGUGACUUUGGAUGAUGUGCCUUAUGUUUAUGAUAAGAAAAAUCCCUCCAAAUUGGAUGAAUAUGGAAAAAUUUUGUUGCAUGGUAAAGGGUAUGAUAGAUGGUUUGAUAAAUCAUUUACUUUAUGCAUUGGAAACAAUGGAAAGGUUGGAUUCAACGCUGAACAUUCGUGGGGAGAUGCAGCCGUAAUGUCGCAUAUAUGGGAAUUAGUGGUGACCAAUGAAGCAACAAUGGUUCGAUAUGAUUCAAAUGGUGACACAGUUGGUGAAUGUGAAAUUACACCCCCAACUCCAAUUCGUUUACAAUGGGACAUCAAAGACGAAGCUGAAAAUAUAAUUAAUAUAGCUGCUGAUAACGCUUUAAAAUUAAUCAACGACGUCGAUUUAAGGAUAUUCGUCCAUGAUCAUUAUGGAAAAGGUUUUAUGAAGAAAUGUAGAGUAAGUCCAGAUGCGUACAUUCAAAUGGCUUUACAGUUGGCGUAUUACCGCGAUGCGGGGAGAUUUAGUUUAACUUACGAGGCUAGUAUGACGCGGUUAUUCAGGGAAGGGCGCACUGAAACCGUUCGACCUUGCACGAUUGAAUCAUCAGCGUGGGUUAAAGCUAUGGAGGACAAGAAUUGUUCGAAUGAUGAACGAGUGAGGUUGUUAUGGGCUGCUUGCAAUAAUCACCAGUCGGCGUAUCAAGAUGCUAUGUGUGGAAAAGGGAUCGACAGACAUCUAUUUUGUCUCUACGUUAUAUCGAAAUAUCUCGAACUAGAGUCUCCUUUCUUACAAAAAGUAUUAAGCGAACCAUGGAGGCUAUCAACAUCGCAAACACCACAUGGACAAACAUCCCGAAUGGAUUUACAAAAAUAUCCUGAUUGUAUUUCAGCUGGUGGAGGAUUUGGGCCUGUAGCUGAUGAUGGAUAUGGAGUUUCUUACAUUAUAGCUGGAGAAGAUAUGAUUUUCUUCCAUAUUUCUCAUAAAAGAAGCAGCACGCAAACGGAUUGUCACAGGUUUGCGAAAAAGAUCGAAACUGCUUUAUCUGAUAUGAAACAGCUCUUCCUUAACGUAAAAGCAGCGAAUGGAACCAAUUAAUUAAUUAAUUAUUUAGGUGAUAAGAAUUUGGUAUAUGGUUCUUUAAUUAAGUUUAAAUUUGGAAUGAAUAAAAAAUGUACAUAUCGGCCGAUCAUUAAUAAAUUUAAAUAAUAAACUCCGCACAAGGACUUUAAAAAAAAAAUAACGAAUAAAAGCAUUUAAUGAAUAUUUUAAUACAUCCUUUAUAGGGUUUAAUCAAGUGCAAAGUCAAUGCAAUGUUAUUCUGUAUUUUAUAUUAAUUAUUGUUAUUAAUUUAUAGUUUCUCAUUAUUUAGAACCCCCUUUUUUUAAUCGAGCGACUUUGUUAAUUUUUCUUCUAUAAUACUAUGCUGUUUGUUUGAAUAAUAAAGGAUUUGAUUCUAAUAAAAUUUGAUAGAAACUACAAAAAUAA